AUGGCGCAAAGCACUUUGCGACGGCGUCUAAGACAGCAGCCCUCCGUCGGCACCGGGGGAAGGAGCGAUCACGGAUCAGCGGCAGCUGCUGCUGGCCGGCACGCCCCAUCCGCCGGUUGCGGCGGCAUCAUGAGACUAAUGCGAAAGCUAAGGAAGCAUGGGAGAGAUCUCUUAUCGGCGACGAGGCCGGCAACCUUUCGUUGUCAGUACGAUCCCUUGAGCUACUCCCUCAACUUCGACCCGGAUGGUCUUGGCAAUGACUCCCACUUCACCUUCUCGUCGAGGUUCGUCACCGCCGUCUCCACUAGGCCGCCGCCAUCUGCCCUCCACCAGGUUGCACCUGCUAGAUUGUAG